UUAGCCAAGUAAUGAAGAAUUGUUGCGAAGUGAAGUGUUAAAAGGCGGAAUAGCUUUAUUUCGUUUUAAUUUCAUGAGCAUUUAUUAUUUAUCAUUAAUAUCAUCACCAAAGUAUGAUGUCAACAACAGAAGGGGAAUUAGAUAUCGAAGUUUCCAAUGAAAGAGAGGAAGGGGAGUUGGAGGAUUCGGACCUAGAAGGUGGCACGUAUAUCCCCCUCGAACGGCCGGAGGCGUUCAACCCGCCUUCGUUAGUGCAUAUGCAAAUACAGGAUGAACAAAGCGAUGAAGAAUCAAGGGAAUCGUCAGCCACAGAAUCUGAUGAUGAGCGGCAGCAGCGACCAAAGCGACUUAAAAUGCGCCCAAAACGGCCACAGGCACAGGGACAGUCGGAUAAGAAGAAUAAAUAUAAUAUUUGGUGUACAACCUUACAGGAAGACAUUCUGACAGAGGAUAUGGUUAGCUGUGGUGUUACAAAGAAAAAUACAUAUGGUGUGGAAUCUUAUGAUUAUACUAUUAAAUAUAGAUUAGAUGAUAGUUAUGUAUCUAAAAAAGUAUUUAAUAACAGCAAUGACAAUCUUGAACGCUCAUCAAAUAAGCGGAGUAACACAGACAGGGGUAAUGCUAAACUGAGGCUUGGCAAAAGAGUAAACAGCAAUUUAGCUAAAGAUGAAAAAUAUAAACCAAGAUAUUUACCUGAUUUGUUGGUAACAGUUGAGGAGUCUAUAGAAGUGAUUGCCAAUGACAUUGCAGAGAAAUUAUCUGAAGAAAAAAAGGAUUUAGUAGUUAGAAUAGUGCAAGUAAUAGGUGCCCAUAAAGCAGUAGAGUUAUAUAAGGAAACACAAAGGGUUGAGGCAGAUGGUGGCAUGCUUGUUGUGAAUGGUGCCAGACGAAGGACACCAGGCGGUAUCUACUUCUUUCUACUAAAACGUGAUGUAGAUGUAUCCCAGGAAAUGAUAAAUCAGAUCUUUAACGAAGACCGUAAAGAAACGUCACGCCGAAUAAGAAAAGCGCGGGCUAAAAGUCGACAGAAGGUCAUGGAGCAAUUAAAGCAAAGUUUAACUGAUUCGGAGUUACCAUCAUUGUUGUCACGAGGGGAGGCGACGGUUCAAUCCGAGCAUGGGUCAAAUCCGCCGCCAUCGCCAGCAACAGAUGCGCGCGACUGCUCCAGCGACACAGACGGUCACUCACACACUGACGCCACCGCCCCCUCCCCCACCCGACCACGCUCACCCCUCCCAGACCGGACUCGCCCUCUCCAAGACUAUGAAGACGAUGAUUUUCUAGAGGUUAUGUGUAAUGAUGAUAUGGAUUUAUUCUAAUUAAAGUAUGUGGUGCUUAGUAUGGUAAAGUGUAAGGAGAGGUCUGCAGCGACACUCUUAUAUUAGGGGUAAUCCGUUAAUUACGUCACACGUUAAGGGGGGAGUUAGUCGACCAGAUGUGCCAAGGGGAAGGAGGGGUACUAAAUUUCGUGACGUCACAUUUCAAAAUCUAAUAUAUCUGAGUAUUAAAACACAAAAUUUUUACUAUUGACGAAAAACUUAUAAAUAUGUAUAUUCAACUUCGUGUACAUAAAUUUACGGCUUAAAUUGGUUUGUUGGCUAGUUAACACUCGGUUUACGAGUAGCAAAUAUGUGAUGUCACACAAUGGAGGCGUAGUCUCAGAAAUUUGUCCGACAGCUCCGACAAAGACGAGGGUCAAAAGUCAUGAAAUUCGUCUGACGUAAUUUAUGGAUAAUCGUCUCUAGCAUGAUAAUGCUACCAAGGCCUCAAACAAAACGAAUAAUUAUGAAUGUAAAUAUAUAAAAUCCAUAGAAAAUAUUCCCGUAUUUACCUGCGGGAAGGAUUUUGUAUUUAUCGUGAAAAUGGUCACUAGUUACAUUAGUUGAGCGAUAUUUAAAGUUUCGCUACGGCUGCGACUGACAGCAAUGUUUAGCAAAAAACGUAUUUUUUUUUUUAUUUUGUUGGCAUUGGACCCGCCUUAACAGAAAUAUGGAUCUAUUAUAAUUGGACUAUAAUUUGCACGUUUAAAGUAAUAUACUACAUCUCAGAAAUUAAUUAUUGAACUUA